AUGUCUAGAAAUAACAAGCGUGCUCGCUUAGAAAUGUCCUCGGAAGAUGAGUAUGAGGAGGAAGCUACUACAAGACCUUCUUCUUCAUCGUCUUCUUCUUCACAACGAGCAGUCAAAAUACAACCUGAUGAUGACGGCUCCUAUGCAGAGGACUUGGAGAGAGUUGUAAAGGCAGUGUGCCGAUACGCCUUGUCCUGUGAAUACAAAAAGAAGACAAUUCGUCGUGAUGACUUGAACAAACUCCUAAGUGAGCCUUUAAAGAAAUCAUUAAACCUGUUAUUGAGUCAAGCACAAGCAAAGCUUCGCCAUGUGUUUGGACUUGAGCUUGUAGAACUACCCAACUUGAAAGAAAAGUCAAAUCAGAGUCAAACACAGAGACACGGCGGUAGUGGCUCUACACAAACAGAACAGACACAGCAGCAAGUGCCUUCUUUUUCUCAAGCCAUCGCAAGGCCAUCUGGAGGCAGUUCUGGCACCUAUGUGCUGCGCUCCAUCUUGAAGGAAGAAUACCGCACACCUGAUAUCAUUGAACGAUCUACCCGAGAGUAUCAAAUGACCGGCAUCUUGUACGUCUUGUUAGCUCUCCUCUUUCUCAAUGGACAAAACAUGAAUACAGAAGAUUUGAAUGGACACAUGGAUCGACUGAAGCUGACAAAGACAAUACAUGGCGUAGAAGGAAUCAAUACGAGAGAGGAGCUGUUGCAAGAGUUCAUCAGGGACGGUUACCUUAGACGAUCCAAACUGCCUGAUCCCGAUACUGACGAGCCUCAAUUCACCUACACUUGGGGACCGAGAGCUAUGGUGGAAGUAGGACAUGCUGGCAUCACUGCCUUUAUCAUCAAUUUCUUUGGUGAUGAUUUAGAUGAGGAUACCAAGCAAGGCCUUAGCCGCAAAAUCUUUAAGCAAGCUGGAUAUAUUCAACAGCGAUAG